GUUGGGAUAAUGUUUUCAUCUGGAGUUUAGUUCAGCCGGACUGCAACCAGCUGCGUGUGGUAGUGUUUAUUAUUAUUAUUAGAAAAAAUAUUUUUUAAAGAUUUGUACACAAUGAAGGAUGCAUAAAACUGCUCGAGAAGGAUAAUAAAACAGCGAACUGCAUGUGUUUGCCGGUGUCUCGAUUCUGCUGGACGGGAUUUAUGGAUUUAUGGGUUCAUUUUGCGGCUGAACAUUCUGAGUUUGCGGCUUGGUAAAGUUACAAGAAUGUCCGUGCGAGCCAAAGCCCUCUACACUUUCCAAAGCGAAAACAAGGAAGAGAUCAGCAUACAGGAGAACGAAGAGCUGGUGAUCUUCGACGAGAACUCGGUGGACGGCUGGUUACAAGGAGAAAACAGCAAAGGGGAGCGUGGACUCUUCCCUGCCUCCUAUGUGGACAUCAUCCGGAGUCGCUCCGGAUCCAACCUAACUGACCAUUCCUUAAGCUCGCCCGGAAGUUCGCCCGGCAAAGAUCAGUCGUACAUCCACUCGCAGUCCACGACCCUGCCGAGCGACGACGACGACGAUUGGGACGACUGGGAUGACAGCUCGACCGUGGUUGACGAUGAAGAUCCUCGGAGAGGAGUGGGCGCCAAUGGGCAUUCCCACCAAAGGGGGUAUUCCAACCCUAACGUCCACUACAGGUCAAAGCCGCACAUGGAACGUCAGGACAGCAUGUCCAGUAAUAGAAAGGGCAGCAUGGUGGGGAGAAACCUGAACCGAUUCUCCAGCUUCGUGCGGUCGGGUGUGGAGGCCUUCAUACUCGGUGAUGUCCCAAUGAUGGCCAAGAUUGCAGAGUCUUACACUAUAGAGAUGGGUCCACGGGGGCCGCAAUGGAAGGAGAGCCCUCAGCCUUUCUCUUGUUCCAUUGAAGACCCCACGAAACAGACGAAGUUUAAGGGCAUUAAGACUUACAUCUCAUACCGCGUGACUCCCAGUCAUACUACCAGGCCGGUAUAUCGGCGAUACAAGCACUUUGACUGGCUUUACAACAGACUACUGCACAAAUUCACGGUGAUCUCCGUGCCCCAUCUCCCGGAGAAACAGGCCACGGGUCGGUUCGAGGAAGAUUUCAUUGAGAAGAGAAAAAGGAGGCUUAUCUUAUGGAUGGACCACAUGACCAGCCACCCCGUCCUGUCUCAGUACGAAGGUUUCGAGCACUUCCUCAUGUGUGCGGACGACAAACAGUGGAAGCUCGGGAAGAGGAGAGCGGAGAAGGACGAGAUGGUCGGCGCUCAUUUCAUGCUCACCUUUCAGAUUCCCAACGAGCAUCAGGACCUUCAGGACGUCGAGGAACGCAUCGACUCCUUCAAGUCGUUCGCCAAAAAGAUGGACGACAGCGUGCUGCAGCUCACGAACGUCGCUUCGGAGCUGGUACGAAAACAUCUGGGAGGUUUCCGCAAGGAGUUCCAGAGGCUCGGGAACGCCUUUCAGUCUAUCAGCCAGUCGUUUCAGCUGGACCCGCCGUACAGCUCGGACGCCCUGAGCAAUGCCAUCACGCACACCGGACGCACCUACGAGAACAUCGGGGAGAUGUUCGCAGAGCAGCCCAAAUAUGACCUGUUUCAAAUGCUGGAUAAACUAUCGCUGUAUCAGGGCCUGCUGUCCAACUUCCCUGACAUCAUCCACCUGCAAAAAGGUGCCUUUGCAAAGGUGAAGGAGUCUCAGCGUAUGAGCGAUGAGGGCAAGAUGGAUCAAGAGGAAGCUGACGGUAUCCGUAAACGCUGCAGGACUGUAGGUUUUGCCCUGCAGGCCGAGAUGAAUCACUUUCAUCAACGCAGGGAGGUGGAUUUUAAAGAGAUGAUGCAAGCGUACAUCCGCCAACAGAUCGCCUUUUACCAGCGCGUGGGUCAGCAGUUAGAGAGAACCCUACGCAUGUAUGACAACCUCUAGAUCCUUUGGAUUGUAACAGAGACACGACACUCCUGUGAAUGGAUACGUACGAGACUUUUUUUACUCCCAGCGCUGUUGGAAUUUUUACAUUUUGCGAAAAACUGGACCUUCCUGCUUCUGCACUUAAAAAUGUCACUUUUAACUACCAGAAACCAACAAUAUAGUUGCCUUUGAUACGCCAUACAUGUUCAUACUGUAUCUUUGCGUUAACUAUGACAUUUAUUUAAAUUUCUAUGAGAAUAUUGUUACAAUGUUACACGUUCGUAUCGAGUCAGGCGUGCGAGUGACGUUACCUGUGUGUGUUAGCAGGUACAGACAGACGCUAAUCAGGUUUGCCAUCAUGUCAUAUUGAAAGAAAAACAUUUGAAAUAUUAAACGCUUGCUGUAACUGUAAGCUAGGUUUUAAUAUACUACGCUAGUUUGUUGUAAAACUAGCGUAUGAUGCAGUGCGUUUACACAAAUAUUUGACACAAUACAAUAUCUCUUUCAAAACCAAAGGAUGACAAAUUAUAUAUUCACACUGAAAUUACAGCAUAGUAACACUGUCGCAAAAAUUUAAGUUUCGUUGACGCAGGAAGUUGUAUUUUAAAGAAAUUAUGAAAUGCAGGUCAGCAAAAAAAUGAUUGGCAGUGGUUUUGUCACUUUGCACAGGAUUUUACAUUCGGUAAUGAUGGAAAGUACUUGACACUUGAUUGCAAAAUUUUCGUUGGGUUUAGUUACAGUAGACACGUUUCCAUUACUUUUCAAAAUGCGCAAAUUGAAAUUCCGAGUUAAUAAUGUCCCCAACGGUAACACAUCAAUAUCGCAAAAAAGGUUUUUAGGCUCGGGGUGAGGUGGUUUUUUAGGCAAUUCACAAAAGGAAUAUAUCGCAAAACUGCAUCAGAAACUUUUUUUUUUGCAUUUACAGGUCACUUGAUGUGCGUUAAAGUUAUGAAGAGUUAUGUUCAACAAGUGCACGACAUUAAAAUACAGUGAGCGCGAUUAGUUGAGUCGACUGCUCUGUAUGCUUUCGAUGUCAUCUGCAUGUCGGUCUGCGUGGUGCUGUAUGAAGUUGGCCACACCUUUUGCCAAAAUUACAGUUUGGUUGCAUAAUAACGCAAUAGUUUUUAAUCGACAUUUAGAAAAUAACGCUAAAGUUUUGCGCAAAUCUUUUUUAAUGGAAACCAGGCUACUGAGGUGUAAAUUUAAGGAUUGUAACUAACUGUCUGCUGAAUUUGUUGAACGUUUCAAGUAGAUAAGCAGGAAACGCGUAACAGGUUCGUGUGGUUACUGUUCAUUUCCAUAAUGUUGAACUGGCUCAGAUGCUGUAUGAAUAUCGAGUUGAAAGUGAGGUUCUGCUACAUUGAUUGUCUUUACAAAGCGCACAUGGAAGUCAUAUGAAAUGAAUUCAGGUGAGAGAUUUAGACUUAUUCUGAUCCCAGAUCCAGCAUGUAUCAUUUUUGCAUUGUUUUUCAUUGUAGUUUACACCCUACUUCCUGUCAAGUGUUACUAAAGCUGCUGUAAGUGAUUGUAGCCAUUUUGCUAACUCCUGCUAGACUUCAUUUGUGAAAAUGAACCAUGGUUUUACAACAAAUAAAAAAAAAAACAUGUAUAGUUUAUCACAAAUUAAUCAUGGUUUUGCUGCAGUAACCAUGAAUGUUAAUCAAUCUGACAAAUACAUGGUUACUACACUUUUACUAUAAUAAAACGACACUCUUAACAAAAUUGAGUUGUUUUAACCCAUGGUUGGGUAAAUAUUGGACAGAACCAACUGAUGGGUUAUAAAUAAACCGAUGCUGGGUUGUUCAGCUUAAAUGCUGGCUGUUUUUACCUGUGGUUGGUUGGUUUAUUUAAACCCCAAUAUUUUUUUUACAGUGCAUGGUUCAUUUUGGGGUUGGCCAUUGAAUUUGAUCAUCUCAUCUCUUUAAUAGUCUCUAAAAGACAUGUAAGCAGCCCGAAUUUCAGCAAAAUGACUGACAGGCAAAAGGCAUUUUUGAGCGCUAAUUUAAUUUGGCUAAAUUGAGGAUAGGCCUCCCCUGACUCUUGUUUUGAUUUCUCAGGGCCCCUAUGUCAAGUACGUUGAAUAUGAGAUCCCUUUACAUCAUGUUUUUUGUGAAUUCUGAAGAUAUCGUACAAAGACAUUCAGAAUUUCAAAGACUUUGCUGUUAGCAUUAGCAUUUUAGAAUUAGCAAAAUUGUAUGUUCAGGGUUUUUUAAGGCAAAGGGGAUCUCAUCCUACUCUCUGAGCCCUCAGGAAACCUCAAGAGGACGUAAACGUAACACAGUUUUUUAAUGUUGAUAUUGAUGUUUUCAUUUCCUCAGAAUCUUUACAUUUUAUUCAUUAGCUUUAAGAGGUUCAUGGGUUUAUGUAAAUUGCGAGCUUGCGACUUUUCGUGUACCUGUAAAACUUGUCUCGAGUUUCAGAUUGUGAACUUGAAUAUUUUUGCACACUUUUCUCGAGGACCAACGUGCAAACCUUUAGUAGCCUUGUCUACUUAUAAUAACUGCUCUUAUUGUGAACAUUCCUCUGUGCACAUUUUUUAAAAAUGUAUUAAAAAAGUUGUUUUUAUAACUCUUUCUAAACCAGUCAAAAUGUAAUAACAUGCUACGCCUCUGAUAUGACUUUAUUUUGGCUGACACCACCGAGCCCUCCCACCCAAACACGUCCAAAUGGUGUAGAUGUAUUCCAGUAGAUUUCCCCCGUUUAUGUUUUGCUUCAAAUAUUGUAUUUGCACACCAGUAUGUGUACAGUAAAAUGGGUUGCGAAUGUUGUUUCAUGUUGACUUCGAUACAAAGAGUAUUUUUAAAUACAUGAGAACCGACCGGUCUUGUGGUUUCCAGAAAUGUUUUAUUUUUUUGGGUACACAGAUGUUUAUCUGCUCAAAGGAAUUGUUCAUAGGUUUCAUAUAUACUGUAAGUUAAAGAAACAUUUACACAUCCUUUAGGGGCUUUCUUUUUCUGGAAAAUCGACAUAAACACGGACCUCUGCUCUCAAUUCUCUGGAAAACACAAACAGACGCUGUUGUGGUUGCGUGUGUCCACUUGGCGCCUUCAAAGCAUUCCAAGAUACAGCUGAGCUCAGACUCGCAUACCAAAACGGGACGUUUUCCAGGAGUGGACUAAUCCAAAUACUCAUUUUCCAAAUGGUCUUCAUGCGUUUUGAGACGCAGGAGUGUUUUAUCAGGGUAUAAAUAUCUGAAGAUGGAUUACACGGAUUGUGAGAUAAAUAUUUCUUGUUUAAGUGAGCAAAAUGGAGAGGAAAUGUCAAACAGGAACUGCAAAUGAACUUCCCUUGAGGUUCGUGAGAAGAAAAUGAUUUGUAGCUUUAAUAAAUGGGUUCUGGAGGAAUCUCACGCGGAUGAUUUCGGACCGUUUGAGGACGUGUGAGGACAGAACCAGCACAUUGCUCUGUGUUUACUCACUGUACAUUAGAAUUUAUAUAAUGUGUAGAUUUUUUCACUUUUCUGGUGUUAAACAGGGGAUCUGAAUAAAGAGAUCUCGAAAUUG